AUGAUUUGCCAUGAUGUAGACCAAAUAGCAAAAAGUGACGCACAGCGCAGGUAUUUUAAGGAUAUGAUAGUAGCCGGACUGUCUAUUGAAAAUACUAGUGAUUUUGAUGAUUUCGUUUGCAAUGUUUAUAUCCCUUUGGGAACGCAGUAUCACAAUCAUCUGGUUCAGCAGUCAAAAACAUUUUUUCAAGCAACAGCGAACAAACCUCAAUCAGACAAUGUUAGGAAAUUUAUCCACAUUCAGAAUGAUAUUGAAAUUGAUUGGCACGUCUCUAGCGACACGCUUUAUUCCUCCAGUCCCUUUUAUAAACGGUAUCUAAAUUUAAUUAAAAAAAUAACAUCCACAUCUUCGAAAACGGAAAAAAAAUAUUUUAAUCAGGACAUGUUACAAGUGGCAGCAAAAAAAAACUUAUACCCGAAAAUUAACAGAAAUACCUAUUUGCACAGAAUACUGAAACAUAAUGCUUCCAAGUCUAAGCGAGUCAGGACAGCCUACACUCCAUACCAACUACAGCUGGAGAAACAAUUCGACACUAAUACGUACCUGAGCCGACCAAGUCGCAUCCAAGUGGCAGAGGAGUUGGACCUGGUGGAACGUCAAAUAAAGGCCUUGUUCCAAAAUCGAAGGAUGAAGUAUAAGAUAAGAAUUAACGGCUUUGUUACACAGUAUUUCCUUUCUCAAAAUUUGCCGAACUAUUGGAUAAUAUGUCAAUUUCAACUACAUACUUUGUAUUACAGCUGA